AAAAUCAAUUUGUCGAUACUCGAUAGGUGAAGAUUAGUCAAUGGUGAUUUUGUGUCAAUGCGGAAUUUAAAUUCUAAGUAAAAUUUUUAUAGCAACUAAAAGUGUUUAUUGACAACUAGAAAGGUAUAAAAACAACUAUCUUUAGUUGGAAGUAUUUACAUUGAAUAUUUUUGAGGGGUUGAGGAAAAUGGAUGAAGAUAUCGAAAUGAUUCCUAAUGAAGUUUCACAGGAAAGAAGAAUGUUAGAAUUAGCAUUGGACCAAAAAAAGCCAAUAGAGUUUCAAAGUACAGCGGUAUCUUGCAUCAAUGAAUGUGAAUCAAAUAGCGCUGAAAAAUUGUGUAUAUUUGAAUUGAGUUACAAAUUUGAAAAAUGUGAUGAAUAUGAUAUCGGGGGGACCUAUACAGACAGGAAAUCUGAUUUAUGGUUCUUCAUGACAACAUCUGUUUGCCCUGGGGACAACUUUUUGUUAAAUUUGUUUGUUUGCCAGAGAAAUGUUGGCUUCUUCUCCUUGGGUAUCAGCAGAUCGAAUACACUCAAAUCCGAAGUGAAAUGUGAUAAUUAUUUAUUUCUUACUGAAGAGCUGACUUGGAAAACGUUCAAAUCGUCUAAAUGUGACGAUACCCAAUAUAUAAAAACGUUUGUAUUCAACAAAAGUGAUAUAGAACAACUGAAAAAGAAAAUACUCAUCAUACCAAUAAAGAUCGACAUAUGUUCUAGUUUCACGCUAAAUAAUGAAAUCGUAGAAAGAAUACAGGCCAGACAUAACAUUGGAAGUGUACUGAAGAAAGAGAAUACAGAUUUCAUCUUAGAAACCGCAAGCCAUAAACAAUAUGAUGCUCACAAAAUAGUACUAUGCACACACAGCACUGUUCUAAAGGAUAUGAUUAAAAAGACAAACACCAACACUAUGUUUUUCGAUAUAACCGAUCAAGAAAUGGAGCUCCUCAUAGAAUACUUAUACACUGGAAACAUUAACGAAAUAAAUAAAUAUGACAAAGUGAUGUUGCUUAAGUUGGUUCAGAAAUUUGAAUUAAAGAAACUUUUUACGCUAGUGGAACAAGCAAUAAGAGAUCAGAUAACUGUGCAGAACGCUUUGGAUAUAGCCAAAUUAUCACAAAAGUAUAAUUUGAAAGAUGUUGAAAAACAAGUGUUCAGAUUUGUCAAGGAAAACCCUGAAGUACUCGAGACUGAAGCUUGGAAGAAUCUGAAUGAUAUAAUGUUAACUAAAAAACUCUUUGAACAUAUUUACUUCGAAAAUUAUACAUAAAUCAUGAUGUUUGUUUAAUGAUAAGUGCCAAUUUGAAGUCAGUAGCAAAAUAUGUUAAUUUUGUUGAGUGAAUAGAAAUUGAUGUCCAAAUAAAAUUGUAAAUUUAUUACUAAAUAUAUUAUAUUUAUAGUAUAAAGACAUUUACUUGACCUAUUUCAAAUUCAAACAACAAUUUCUAAUCUCCAGAUUAAUCUACUUGCUACUGUACGUACUUGAAUGUCUAUAGUAUAAUAAUCUCAAAAUUUUAUUACUGUUUUACUAUCAUUGUGGUCAAAGACCAAAUGUAUCAGAGAUAUUUAUUAAAUUUCUUAUACUGUUAAGAAUAAUAAACAUGUA